AUGACAAGUCCUUGGUACAAGAGUCUUUCCUCUGUGUUUGCUCUCAAACCACGGAUCAGAGCCUUGCUUUUCUUUAUCCUCGGUGUUGUAACUCUAGUUACCAUCUUAGCACCGUUGUCAUCCAACUCAUACGAUGCUUCUACAGCUUCAACACUUGUCCCCAACGUUUAUAGUAACUACAGGAGGAUCAAGGAGCAAGCUGCAGUUGAUUAUCUUGAUCUAAGGUCACUCUCCUUAGGGACUAGUCUUCAAGAGUUUCCUCUCUGUGGUAAAGAAAGAGAGAGCUAUGUGCCUUGUUAUAACUCAACGGGUGCUGGGUUUCAAGAGGGUGAUGUGUUGGACCGACACUGCGAUUUUGAGAUAGAGAAGGAGAGAUGUGUAGUUCGUCCUCCAAGAGACUAUAAGAUACCACUUAGGUGGCCACUUGGUAGAGAUAUCAUAUGGAAUGGGAACGUCAAGAUAACCAAAGACCAGUUUCUUUCUUCAGGAACCGUUACAACAAGGUUAAUGUUGCUUGAAGAGAAUCAAAUCACAUUUCACUCGGAAGAUGGGCUGAUCUUUGAUGGGGUUAAAGACUACGCUCGUCAAAUUGCUGAGAUGAUUGACUUAGGAAGUGACACUGAGUUUGCUCAAGCUGGUGUACGGACAGUGUUAGACAUUGGUUGUGGAUUUGGAAGCUUUGGUGCACAUCUAGUGUCUUUAAACCUGAUGCCUAUAUGUAUAGCAGAGUAUGAAGCAACUGGGAGCCAAGUUCAGUUAGCUUUAGAGAGAGGCCUUCCUGCAAUGAUUGGCAGUUUCUUUUCUAAACAGCUUCCUUAUCCUGCAUUGUCUUUUGACAUGGUCCAUUGUGCUCAUUGUGGCAUUACUUGGGACAUCAAAGAUGCAAUGCUACUUUUGGAGGUGGACCGUGUUCUGAGACCAGGAGGGUACUUUGUUUUGACUUCUCCUACAAACAAAGCACAGGGAAACUCGCCAGAUACGAAGAAGACAAGCAUCUCAACACGAGUGAAUGAGUUGUCUAAGAAAAUCUGUUGGAGUUUGAUAGGGCAGCAAGAUGAGACGUUUCUUUGGCAGAAAACUACAGAUUCAAAUUGCUAUUCGUCUCGGUCUCAAGCUUCUAUACCUGUUUGCACAGAUGGAGACAGUGUUCCUUAUUACCACCCACUAGUUCCAUGUAUAAGUGGAACCACAAGCAAACGCUGGAUACCUAUUCAGAACAAAUCUGCUGAUGCAGGAACUACCUCAGCUGAGCUUGAGAUUCAUGGUUUAAAACCUGAAGAGUUCUUGGAGGAUACACAGAAAUGGAGAUCAGCUCUUAAAAACUAUUGGUCCUUGCUUACACCAUUGAUAUUCUCAGACCACCCAAAGAGACCUGGUGAUGAAGAUCCUCUCCCUCCUUAUAACAUGAUACGUAACGUGAUGGACAUGAACGCUCGUUUUGGGAACUUAAACUCUGCUUUACUCGACCAAGGAAAGUCCGCUUGGGUGAUGAACGUUGUCCCAGUCAAUGCACGUAACACACUUCCUCUCAUACUUGAUCGUGGCUUUGCUGGUGUUCUACAUGACUGGUGUGAACCAUUCCCAACGUAUCCAAGAACGUAUGACAUGCUUCAUGCCAAUGAACUUCUCACACAUCUUAGCUCAGAACGUUGCAGCUUAAUGGACUUGUUCUUGGAGAUGGAUCGGAUACUUCGCCCAGAGGGAUGGGUUGUUAUAAGUGACAAGUUGGGAGUAAUAGAGAUGGCACGUGGACUAGCAACUAGAGUGCGUUGGGAAGCAAGAGUCAUUGAUCUUCAAGAUGGUAGUGACCAAAGACUUCUUGUCUGUCAAAAACCAUUUCUCAAAAAGUAACUCGCUGCGAGUAUAUACUUCUUUCACACCAUGAACAACACUCACUAGUCAAUACUACACAAGUCUUUUCACUUGUAAAUUUCUCUUUUCUAAAUUAAAUCCUGAGCUUCAAAACAGAAGUAAAUCAGUCUGAUUUUUUGUAUAGAUUUAUUUGUUCUAAACAGAUCCAAACUAUGCAUCUUCCAAAGCUCUGCAGAGAAUUUUUCUUUUCUCGGGCAAAAGAAGAACAGUUGAUGAAUGUUUUGUAAGAGUGGAAGGUGUUUCUA